AUGUCUGUACAGGUAAACGGGUCAACGGCAAGCCCGCAAAAGGUGGUGCUCAUCACCGGCGGAGUUAGCGGCAUCGGGCUCGGAAUGGUGCGGUACUUUGCAUCCGAAGGAUACCGGAUCGCCGUUUUAGACAUGAACACCAAGGACAGCCCGAGAAUUGCAGCAGAGCUCGUUUCCGAGUACCCCAAAUUGGACAUCACAUUCAAGAAGUGCGAUGUUUCCUCGUGGGAAGAGCAGGCGGCCAUCUUCAAAGAUGUCUACGACCAGCAGGGCCGUAUCGAUGUCGUUAUGGCCAACGCCGGCAUCUCAGAGCAGGGAGCCGGCAGCCUUGCGACGCUGGGAGAGGAAGCACCAUUGAAGCCGAGACUGCAGACGCUGGAUGUGAAUCUUACUGGGGUUAUCUAUUCGGUGAAACUCGCCAUCCACUACAUGCAGAAGAACACGUUACAGGCCAAUUCAUCCUCGAGAGGUUCAAUUAUCUGUACAGCAUCCAACGCAGGCAUCUAUCCGUUUCCCGUGGCACCACUGUACGCCGCAUCGAAAGCCGGUGUUAUUAGCCUUGUACGCUCUAUGGCGAAACCAUUGGAGCGAGCCAACAUCCAGAUCAACGCCCUGGCGCCGGCAGUCCUCGAAACCAAUAUUGCACCCAGUAAAGAUUUGUUCAAGGGCAUGAUCAUCACUCCCAUGUCGACCUUGACGCGUGGAGUCGCGAACUUCAUCGCGGACCCAACUCUCACUGGUGCCGUUGCCGAGAUUCAUGGGUCAAAUGUGACUCUUCGCGAUAACUACGACUACGUGGACGAGGAUAGCAAGAAGAACGUGGAAAAUUUCUGGAGCCUGGGCUACGCUUAG